AUGGUCUCAUAUGCCACUACGAUACGGAAAAGCAUCAAGUGGUAUCCGAAAUUAGCACUACAUUUCCUUUUAGGAACAACUAUAGUAAAUGCUCAUGUUGUGUACCAAACAGCCACAAACAGAAAAAUACAGAUAAGAAAAUUUCGGGAAAUUCUCGUUUCCGAAUGGUCCGAUAUGUCGUUAGAAAAUACUGUGCCCGACAAUCAUCGGAAGAGAGCGAACAAGGUGUCCCACCAUUUGCAGAUUCGUAAGAAUCAGCAGGAUAAGCCUAUAAGAAGGAUGUGCACCCUACGUUACGAGAAGAAGAGGCAAACUGUCGCACGCCAAGAAGCGAGAAAAAACGUAAAAAAGAUUGAAACAUAUUGUUCGAAGUGUCCAAAAUCACCCGAAAUGUGUUUGGAAUGUUUCAACGAAUACCAUGCGGCAUAG